AUGGGAUUCUCCAGCACUGCAACUGGCCCGACCACCCAAAGAGCUGCUAGUCUGUUGAGGCGGCGAAAGGUGGUGAGCUCCAGCUCCAGCUCCAGCUCCAGGCGCAGCAGGCGCUCGCGGAAGAGGAAGUCCAGGAGUAGACGGCGAGGCCGCAGUCGCAAAGACCGCAGCCGCAGCCGGGAUCGCAGAGACCGGAAUCGUCGGGAUCGACGCAGACCAUCACGUUCUCGAUCUCGAGACAGAGAUCGAAAACGUCACGAGAAGGAGAAGAGCGACGGAAGCCCAGCAAAGCAGGUGCAGGAAGGCACAAGUCACAAGGUUCGAGGUGACGGAGGUGUUGAGGCUUCGUCCGCUUCCCCCAUGUGCCAGCUCCAGCAAGACAUCCAGCGGCAACUUUUAGAGGAACAGGAAAGACAAGAGAAGCAGCGGCAGCAUGAGCUCAAACUUCAGAAGGAACUUGAAGAAGAGCACAAGGAACUUGAGCUGCUUUGCGAGCAGUCACAGCAUGCGCCGCAGGACGUCCCGCUACACACAAGCCAGUCUGUUUUCGAAGGAUCGGGGGUGGCUCGAGACCCGGUUGCGGCCGACCCACACCCAGAAGAGAAGCUGAAACUUGCCGACGACGGAGGAGCAAAAGGAGAUCAAGAGCAGGAUUUGGCCGAGGGAAGGACAGGCGAGAUUGAUGGAAGCAUCGCCGAGGAACAAAAAGCCAGGAUCCAGACGAAAGGAGACUCCGGGCAUGACAAGAUGAGGACAGAUGACGUGCAGCAAGAAGGCCAGCAGCAGUCAGAGGGCGUACAAACAGCAGCAGCGAAAGAGACGGCCAAGCUUAACUCAAAGAGCAAGGACAAGAAACCGGACGUGGAUAAGACGAAGGACAAGGACUGUUACGCAGAAGGUGCCAAAGAUAAGGGCAAGCAGAAAGACAAGGAGAAGAAGAAGGAGGACACGGCAGAAACGGGGGGCAAAGAGGCGAAGAAAGCGGAGACGAAAGACAAGGAGAAGAAGGCCAAGGAGGAUGCGAAGGACAAGCAGAAAAGAAAAGAUGAGACAAAGGAGAAGGAAAACGUCAAUGAGGAGACAAAGGAGAAGGACAAGAAAAAGGAGGCGACGAAGGAAAAGAAGAAGAAGGAAGAGACAAAAGAGAAAAAACAGGAUACAUCGGACAAGAAGGAACCAAAGCAAAUCAAGGGGAAGACAGAGCAGCGCGAGAAGGAGAAGACGAAACAAGAUGGUGAGACCCCGAAGGAUAAGGAUCAGCAAAGCGAGCAUGCCAAGGAUACAGGUGCCAAAAAGAGAAAGAAGGAUGCAACCACAUGA